GGGGCGGUGCGCGAGGGAAAUGGCGGCGCCCCUGAGAGUCUGUCACGUUGCCUGUUGUGCGAAUCGGGCUGGCGGCGGGGCCGUGUCGUGGGGGAGGGGCGGGCUCCUGGCCUUCGGCACCUGCCGCUCCGUGGCGCUCUACGAGCCCGAGAAAAGAAGAGUAGUUGCUACACUGAAUGGUCACACUGGUAGAGUUAAUUGUGUGCAGUGGAUUCACAACCAAGAUGGCUCUGCUGAGACUGAAUUAAUUUCUGGAGGAUCUGAUAAACAGCUCAUUGUAUGGGAAACACAGAAUAAGCAGCUUGUGAAAUGCAUUCAUCUUGAAGGCCACACAGAAGCUGUUUGUGCUGUGGAUGCUGUUUACCAGACAGAUGAGUCAAAAACAGAAUUAAAUCUACUAAUAGCUUCUGCCGCUUCUGACUCUACUGUCAGAAUCUGGUCCAAACGAGGUUCAGAAGCUACCUGCCUUCAGACCUUGGAAUUUGGAAAUGGAUUUGUUAUGGAUGUCUCCUUAUCCUUCUUGCCUGGCAGUGAUGUACCAAUAUUAGCUUGCGGUGGCGAUGACUGCAAAAUUAAUUUGUAUAUUCAACAGAAUGGGCAGUUUCAGAAAACACUAAUACUCCAUGGCCAUGAAGAUUGGAUAAGAGGCAUUGAAUGGGCAGUCUGUGGCGGGGAUCUUUUCUUAGCAAGCUGUGCCCAGGAUUGUCUGAUAAGAAUCUGGAAAGUGCAGGCAAAAUCCGCUCCGUCUGUGGAAGUCAAAGAUGAUGACUCUAUAAGGCUGAAGGAGAACACUUUUACUAUAAAAAAUAAAAAUACUGAGACAACAUAUGCAGUUAUUCUGGAGUCCGUGUUAGCUGGCCAUGAAAAUUGGGUAUUUGCAGUUCACUGGCAGCCUUCUUUUUUGAAAGAUGGCAUAAUACAACAACCAAUGAGACUACUGUCUGCAUCAAUGGACAAAACUAUGAUUCUGUGGGCUCCAGAUGAAGAAUCUGGGGUAUGGUUAGAACAGGUAAGGGUCAGUUUUUCUUAGCAUACCUGUGUAACCUAACAUAUAUUGGGUUUGCCUCAAAUUUCAAUGUGAUUUUUGUUUUUUGUGCUUUGUUUUUUUAAAAUUUAUUGUGGAAAAUUUCAGGUAGAAUAUAUUGCUUUGAAAAUGUUUCCUAAGUUAUAUGUAUGUUCAGUGGAAUAAGAAUUGUAUGCAAAAUAUAGAAAAGAUAAUGCAGAAAACACUUGUCGAGUUCAAGGGCAACAGCUGAACAAAAGAUGUAGUACCCGACAAAACUGAAUUAUAGCUGAAGUGCUAGUGAUAUCCUUGGUUAAGGUUGCCAUUUUAAACACAGUUACUCAGUUGUGAAUAACAUUCUAAUUUUCCACUUUUGGGGCUGAAAUUUGCAAGAACUGGUCUUGAUUGCAAAGUGAAUUCUUUGAUGUUUUUACAUAAACUGUUAAAACAC